AUGUGGGACGAAGAGCUCAGCCGCGCGAAAUGCGCCGUGCAUGGCGGAGACUGUCAGGGAGGGAACGACGGGUGCGCUCCGGCACUCAAGGAGCUUAGCGGAGGGGGGGCCUCCGGGGAUGCUUCGACUGGUCGAGGUGGCAGCGUGGGAGUGCCACGUGGCGUUCAGCAGCUGUUAAACGAGGCCUUUUCUGCCAUACCUGUCUCGUCCUUCCCACUUCCGCCAGGUGGAGAAGUCGUCGAGAUUUCAUCUGACACGUCCAUUCUCGAAGCCCAGGCUGACCUGGCAGCUGCCACGCUGGCAGCAGGCACCGCAGCGUUGACAGGUGCUGGCGUGGGAGUGGUGGGGGCGCUAGGAGCAGCAGCGUUGGGGGUGGGAGGCGCACCGCUGGCAGUGACUGGCGUGGCAGCAGCAGCGGUUGGGGCGGCGGUUGCAGGGGGGUUGAGAGAGAGGAGGAAGUUGGCUGGAGGGAGAGGGGGCGGCGCUGCUGCUGCUGCCGAUUCUCUUGGUGUGGACUUUUUCCAUAUGAUCACUGAAAAUGAGCCGUUCAAGUCAGCUACAGUGGCAGACAUCACACGCAGCUACCGCUGGGCGCCCUUCCUCCCGCUGCAGCCCACCGACUCCAUGCUCACGCUGCUGCUGCUGCUCUCGCGCUUCCGCAUGCGCUCCGUGCCAGUUGUCGCCCUCGGACUGGCCCCUCCGGCCCCUCGCCUGCACAACCUGAUCACACAGUCAGCCGUGGUUCGUGGCCUUGCCAGGUGUCGUGGAUUUGACUGGUUUGAUGUAAUCGCAGACAAGCCUCUUAUGACUCUGGGCCUGCCACUUGUGGGGGAGGAGGAGGUGGUGUCAGUGGAUGCGGGCGCAUUGGUGCUGGAGGCGUUUCUUCUCAUGAAGGAGAAAGGGGUUGGCGGCGUGCCGGUAACGGAUGGUCCAGAUCGCAUCCUGUACGCCAACAUCAGUGCGAGGGACGUGGGACUAUUGCUGCUGCACCCAGACAUGUUCCACUCUAGGAGCCAUUUGACCGUGCGGGACUUUGUUGACCGCUGCCUCGCCCUGCAAGCAGCAGAGCUGCACGUCCCACCUGCUUCCUCCCUUACAGCAGCUGACAUCCCUGCCACCACCAGCACCACGCCCACCCCUACAGAUGCCACAGCGGGUGUCAACGGCACAACCAUUACCACAACCAUACCACCUGCCAGUUCCGCCGGGGGCGCCAUUGCCAAAACGGGCAGUAGCUGCAGUGACAGUGCCAUAGGCGACAGUUAUGGUUUAGUGGGGGGAGUGCGCCCAGCUGUAUCCUGCCGGCGCACAGACAGCCUGGUGUCAGUGAUAGAGAUGCUGGCAGCGAAAGGCAUUCACCGUGUGUACGUCACUGAUGACCAUGGCCGCCUGCUGGGUGUGGUUACGUUACGCGAUAUCAUUUCCCGGUUUGUUACGGAGCCUGAAGGGUACUUUGAUAACUUUCUUGGGGACAUGGCCCGAGCCUGGGAGUAG